GCAAACAGAACCAUCGUCUGUGCAACUUGUUUAUUGAAUUCAUCAUUUUCGCUUUUUUUCGUUUUUAGUCGAAUCGAUUUCGUCGAUGAAUCAUCAGUGAGGCGCGAUAUUUGCGCGCGAAUCAUGAUCAUUAGAUUUUACAAUGGAUACGAAACGUUAAAACACGGGAUAUCGAAUAAAACAUUCUUAUUGUGAGUGCUGAUUAUUUUCUAUAAUUUUACUCUCGUUUCUAUCGUUGAUAAAUAAUUAUUAUCGUUAAACAUUUUAUUGGAUAUCCUGGCAUCGGAGUGACGUAAAUGAAUUUUUAGAUAGCCAUCGAAGACCGCAACUGUACCCGCAACACCUAUCGAUAUAGGGAAGAUCAAAUUUAACCCAUUUUCAUCCUAUACUUCAGAAUGUUAGCAGCAGCAAAUUACUACAAGACGACUGUACUUUUUGUACUUAUACAACGAUCAUUCUCAGCUAUGGUUCUUCCCAGGCCACCUUCUUCACCGAAUCAUAUUCAACACAUUGAUCGAAGAAUGAACGAUCGAAAUCUGUACGAAGGAAAGCCUGUACAGGAUUUUUCCCAAAAUCCCAAUAUUGAAAGGACAAAUACAAACGAUUACAGUCUUGUAGAAAUCGAGCUUCAAAGCCCGGACGAAAUGGACACGACGAAUCUUCAAAACAUAGUACACGCAAUGUUGAAACAAUCUGAGAAAGUACAUAACAAUAGCUAUCCAAAUCCAGAAGUGAUACCGCAUUCCAUUUUUGGUGUCAGAGACGUUGGUUUAACUUCGACCUUCAAGCUAAAUACGUUCAAUGAGGACAGACGUGUCUUGAUAGAGUCACCAAAGAUACCGACUUACGACGAGAAGUUGUAUUAUUUAAAAAACAACAGGCCGAAAGUUUACGUGAACGUGAGAGGCCAUAGCGGUACGUUUAGAAAGGAUCCGGCUUUAGAAACGACCUCUACUAACGACGCUAUAGGAUUCCUUCGAGUGACACCGCCGUUUCAAAGGCAAACGAACUCCAAGUCUCGGUACGUUAAAAAGAAUCGUUCACCAAAGAAAUACGACAGGAAUCAUGGACAUCAAAGGAAUCGUUCGUGGACAGAAGCUAAAAGGUUAAACAGAUUAGCAUCGAUUUACAAUUUCGAGGCUCCCGCUACUACCGAAGGUUCUAUGGUGACUUCCAGUGAAUUACCAAAGCAAAUACCUGCACCCCCAUCAAAAUUUCAUAGCAGGACGCUUAUGGCGCAAACAACACCCGUUCAAAAUUAUGCUUUGAGAAGAACAGAUGUAUUACCAGGCUACAGUUUCUCCUGAUGAACGAUAAUCUAUACAAUUGAUGAACAUUGUCGCUGUGCAAGGAAUUCCUGAAGUAUCGCUAUUAAGCAAGUGAUAGUAAAUAAAUUGUAUAUAAUGAGGCUCAAGAAGACAGACGAUUGUAACACAUAAAUAUGACGUUUAA